AACGUUGUCAACGUCUACAAUUGACGUUUCUGAUAAUUUAUAAAUGGUGGCAAUUUUCUUGGAUACUGUAUAUUGUGUAAAAUGGCUAGUGUCGGAUUUAGGUGGUUAGAUAUUUUAGAAAAAGAAUUUGAUAAGGCCUUCGUAGACUUAGAUUUGAACAUUAGUGAGUUGGAAUCUGAAGAAGCUAGUUUGGUAUUCAACGUUCGUCAAAAGCUAUGCACUUUAAGUUCUUGCUUUGCACAACUUACACACAAAGCACAAACAAUUUUUCAAAACAGCGCCAAGUUAGAAGCUGAGUUAAUACACAUGCGAGCGGAAUUAAUAGAAUCCAAAUCAAAACGAGAGGUUCUGGAAAAUGAAUUGCAUCAUUUGUUACUCCAGUUACAUUCCUCGCAACUUUCUAGACUUCCAGAUAGUUUAGGCAACAAAAAACAAGACCAAUACAUUAAACCGGAUGUCAACAUGAUAAAACAAAAAUUUGAGGCCGAAAUUAGGCAAAGUCCAAUUCAUACAGUUUCAACUAAGGAUCAAGAUGAAUUAAAAAUUAACCCAAUGCUGUUAGAACCUGCUCAGUACAAAGCCAAUAUUAUGCAGUUAGAAUCAGAGAAUGCGUCUUUGAGGAAUGAAGUUUUAUCACUUACUAGUGAAGUUUAUGGUGCUAAGUUAGCUGCGAAAUAUUUGGACAAAGAAUUAGCGGGAAGAAUUCAACAGCUACAGUUAUUAGGUAGAGAAAUGAGAGGUGAUAUAAGGGACAAAUUAUGGAGACAAUUAGAGUCAGAAAUUCUUUUACAAAGACACAAAACCGUGGUUCGUGCCUGCAGAAGAAAUAGUGCAUUAAAUGGAACUUCAAAAUUGAAGCCCGAUGCUGAUUCAAAUGCCGAUACGACAGAGCACUUUGGGGAUAUCCGCACAGUAUUAGUUAGAAGAAAACCUGAUCAAGGAUUGGGUAUUAGUAUCACAGGUGGUAGAGAACAUGGAGUUCCUAUUUUAAUAUCAGAAUUGGAACCUAAUGGGCCAGCUGCCUUAUCUGAACAACUCUACAUUGGCGAUGCAAUUCUGUUUGUAAAUGACAUAGAUUUGAGGAAUACUUGUCACAGAGAAGCAGUUAGUAUUCUUCAGCAGCAGCAAGGGGACUCUACUUUACAGGUUCAAUAUGUAGCGGCAGAUGAUAGUGAUAAUUCUUUAGAAGAAGAUGGAUUCAAUUUUAGAUUUUUUGAUGAAAGUGUUUGUGAUACUAACAGUGCAACUAAUUAUAAAUCGACUGAAGAUAUAAUAAAUACACCUACAGCUCCUCGAACGCCAGAUUCUAGUUCCGGGAGUAGGUCCCCCAAACAAAAUAUUAGCAGUGCCGAUGAAAUAUUUUCAAGUAUAGGUAUUGAUAAGAAACAAAUAGAACAUUUUCAAAAUAUUUUCGACAACAUAACUGGUGAUAACGGAAAUUUGCAGGAAUACAAUGAUUUAAGACAAUCAACUAAUGAAGACGUAUCGAAAAGUAAAUCAAAUAAUAAUGAUUCCCCUGAGAACAUUACUAAAAAUAUUACUACCGACAAUGAUUAUAAUGUAGAUACAAAUGAUUUAAUUCUGCUCGAUAAUGUAACAAACAAUAUUAUCAAAUUAGAGAACUUCAAAAAAGUAGACGUUAUGUCAACAAUAGAAAAUAACUGUAACACAUCAACAAACUCUCUUAAUUCUGAAAAUUUAUCCUCGCCUAUGCAAACAAGUACAGACAUUUAUUUAGAUUCUGAAAUUAUUUCAACUGAUGUUGCAUCUAAUGAUUCUCAAUCUCCUAAAAAUUUACAAGAACCCUUUAAAGUAAAGUUUAAUUACGGCACUGGGAAUGUCAAACCAGAAAGUGAAUUGAAACUUUAUACUUCUAAUGAAUCACUUUCCAAUCCAAAAAGUGAUCAAAGUCUGCUAAAUUCAGAGGACAGCUACCGAAGCUCUCCUGUAUACAAACUUACUAGAGAAUAUAAAAAACAAAAGAAGUACAAAAAGAAAUACUUUGGAGUUAAAACUUUGCAGAGCAUAUUUAGUAAAUAUGACGGAUAUUCUGAUAUUGACACAACUGCUUCCGAGUUUGGAGACGAUCCACCAAGAAAUGUAAUAAAAGAAAUGGAAAUUGUCGAAACUGACUCCAAUAAGUAUGCAGAUAUCAGUCCCCAAUUUGAGGAGAAUAUUCAUAGUUUGUUAUCUGAUAUUUUUGUAAAACAUUUUCCGGUAGUAAGUUCAGAACAGAAUGCAAGUAUAAAUUUGAAUAGAACUGUCGGUACAAAAAAAUAUUUUUCUUUACACGGCCAGAACUUGAGAGUAGGUAAAGCGCUAAAAUUGUGUCCUAAUGAUGAAUUUACAGAUAAUGACAGUGAUCAAAAAAAGGAGAAACUUUUGGCUAGAUAUGUUUAUAAUGCAAAUUCUUUAAGUGCUGAAGGUAUUGGUGAUCCAGACUUUGGGACACCCGUUUGAAAUAGGAUAUCUUAGGUAUUCGAUUUCUUGAUAAUAUCAUAUAUAAACAACAAUAUCUUCAUGGCUUCUUGAACAUUUAUUAACAUACUACUGUACAUCUGACAGUUACUUUUUCUAAUGAUGAUUACUCCGAAAAUUAUUUCUAUUCAUACUUAUGAAAUAGAUUGAUUUUAUGCAUUCCUAGAUAGAGAAAUUAAUGUGUCAAAAUCAGUUUCGAUGUGAAUAUUUACCAGAUAUGUAAUAUUUACACUUUCACUUUUAUUUAAUAGUUAUGAUCAAUCAACUUUUUUGUUUUGUGAUUAGAUUCUCGUCUUUUACUGAAUUUAAAAGGUCAAUAAUAUCUAAUGUAUGAAUGACAAAAUCAAACAAAAAAUCUACUAGAUCAGAGCUGAAUUUUUAAUAUUGCUGGAUACUUCUAAUAAAACCUAUUGAUACAUGUCAGAUGAAAUGAUGAAUGCUGAAAUCGACAUGUGAUGAUGAUUUAUUUUAUAUCAUUGAAGUUAAUUCUCAAAUGUUGAAGUUUACAUCUUGCCAUUAUAUAUUCUUUUAAAAUUUAGAAUCUUGAAACCUAAAUGCAGAAUAGGACCAAUUGAAACCUUCAAUACGUUAAUGGGAGUAGAAAAUAAUAAUCAAAAUUAGCAUUCUGACAAGUAGACAUACACAAAAUAUCUUACAUAAUACAGUAUACUUACCACAACAUAUCGAUUGCAUAUAUUUGUGACGAUGAGGAACCUUAUAAACAAUGGUAAGGAUUUUAAACUAAUUUUUAAUGGAAGUUUAGGAUUUAAAAUUUUUUGAAUCUGCCCCAAAAUAUUUAGGUUUGAUAACUUGUAAGUGUAUUGUAAAAAAUAGUGUCUUUUUGGUUUAUCAGCUGGUAUUACUUCAGUAAAGGUAUUGUAGUUUUUUAAAAAUCACAUUUUUUAUUUUUGUUUGCCUUUUCUGUUUACUGUCAUUCAACAACAGUCAAAAACAUACUCUAUCUCAGAUAGAAUGUUUCAAAAAGUAUUAAUAACUCAUGUAACUCUUAUCACAUUUAUCUGUACAUAGUCAAUACAUUGUAAUUCAGUAAGAGUUUCUGUGGAUAAGUCAACUGAUACUAUUCUUGCAAAAUAAACAAGAUUAUGUUUUCAAUAUUUUGGUUUAUUGCUGGCUGACAAAUCAGUAACAAUAUAUGUGACAUCCGAUGAAGAAUAAUCAGUCAUUAGUUUCUUACCAGCUGAGGUAUAUUGAUGGAAAAACUUAUCUAUAAUUAUACGAGGUAUUCUACAAUAUAAAUAAACACGGGUAUUUUUUAGGUACACUUUCUUUAACGGAUUUUUAAAAAAUAUUAAACUCUUUAAAGAGUGAGUAGAUAACCUUAUUUUGUGUCAAAAUUCUAGUUAGUCAUAUUUUGGGAGUGAUUAGAAGGCAUUAGGAUCUUUGAUUUCAUAUUAUUAUCAUUAAGUGAGGGUUACAUUUUCAUUUAUUGUAAAAUAUUUCUUAAAUCAAAAAUAGUGAUAUUUAUUGAAUAUUUUUUGCAUAGAAAAGAUACAUUAAAUUUGUUGCAUUGCAGUAUAAAAAUUAUCAGAAAAUUCAAUAGAAUAAAGAAAUUGUACUUUUUUCAAUAUUUGGUGCCUAUAUUGUAUAACUAAACUACUGUUCUAACUAACUAAAUAUGUAUAGUAAUAUUUCUAGACUUUUACGCGUUCAUAUUUUGGGUAUUCUCCUAAUGAUUAUCAAUAUAGAUUUCAACUGAAUCGGUACUAUAGUUGGUACUGAAAAAUUAGCAUUUCAUAUAUUAUUAUACUUAGUGUCUGCUAAAUUUGUAUCCAGUGGUUGUCGUAAGCCAUUAUAAACAUAAACUAUUUUCUACACAUCAACAGAACUAAGAAACCAAAUAAACUUUCUCUUAUACUAUAAAUAAGCUAGAAUCCUAUAAACUCAGUUAUCAAUCAUGGUAUUUUGAUGCAUUAGAAAUGGUACUUACAUAAAACAUUCAUUAAAGGUUUUUUUUGAGGAUUCGGAGUUUAGUAUAUAGUUGCGUUUUGAAAUCAGUUUAUAUUCACUGGUCGUUACCCUCCUAAGCCAUAAUAAUUUAUAUUAAAAUCGUUAGGUAAUAGUAAAAAGUAGCAUAGAACAUUAGGAGGGUAUACUUCUUCAAUCGACCAACCACCGAUCUAAAAGUGUAUUAUAAAUAAUUCGAAAUUUAAUAGUUGUCAAACGUAAAUGUCAAAAUUUUUACACUUAUACUAAUAAAUUUCUAUGAAGUUCAUUUCAACAUAUGUUUUACACUGAUUGCUGAAAUUUUGUAAAUUCGAAAAUAUGGUUGGAAUUUAUCAAUUAAUUGCUCAAAAAUAAAUGAAGUAUUAAAAGUCAUAACCCCAAAAAUUUAUUAUUGUGUUUCAAUUAUUCCAGUUUUUUAUAAAUGUGAGAGUUUUUAUGGAAAACACAUACUUCGUUGGUUUCCUGGCUUGCGCUAUCUGCAUCACCAUAUCAUUUAUCCCUACAUUAUUUUCAUCUAGCGUAAAUAAUACCAUCCACCAAACUGUACAAUAAGAAUUUUACUGCCUAUGUAGAAAUUUGGCAAUUUGUAUAAACCAAAAUAUAGUUAUGCGUAUGGACAAAUGGUUCUCUCAGCCUUAUCAAUGUUUUGUGCGAGGGUGGUUUAACAAAAGAGUAACUUUUCAGUUAGAAAGUUAUUGUACGGGUUAGUUACUUUCUUUGGGACACGUUCUUCGAAUGAUGUGCAUAGCUUUGGUUGUAUUAUUGUUUCUAAGAUAUACCCAAUUUUCAACUAAUGUCAUAUCGACGGAAUAAUUCACUUGAAUUGCGGUUAAAAAUAUCCAAACAUUUGUUUACAUUUUUAUUGCGGGCGAGCUUUUGAUCACCAUUAAGCAAUCGUGGCACUCAUCUCUCGCAGAUAGCUUUUUCACAUGUAACCUCUCAUACAAAAUAUUACAUACUCGUUUAGUUGAAACAUACUCCAUUAACUAUUUUAUGUUAUUUUAUUUGACGAUUUCUUAGUACCAGGGGAUUGAUUUUAUUGAGAUUUUCUGCAAUAGUUUUACUAAAUGACGGUCUCGAAUGUUCAGUAACCAUAUGACCACUUUUUAAAAGUAGAGAACCAGUAUAAAUAAUUUUGUGGGACCGAGCUCUUUUAGUAUAAUAUUUAUUUAUUUUUUUCUCGGUUUCUUUAAUUGUUUUUCCACGUAAAAAAUAAUGUUUAAUCACCGCUCGAAAUUUCUUUUUCUCCACAUUUACCGAACAACGAAAGCUGUUUUCUUCAUAUGAAGUUAAAAAUAAAAUUUAUGAACAUUUUAAUAGAUGACAUCAGAAACAUGGCGUAAAGUAAUAAUAUGAUCAGCGUUGUGAAAGUCAAUCUACUCUUCCAUCGAACCGCCUUCGUAUAGACUAUACAUUUUACCAUUUUAUUGACAAAAAUGUUAUGAUCAAUUUGUUUACUACUUCUUGAUUUCUAUUUGUAGCUUGUUGCAUCUGUUUUCUUGUUUGAUAGUAUUAAAUAUCCAUGAUUGACAGUUUAAAUUAUAUUUGGUGUAUGUAUUUUAUUUACGCUUUUUUUAAAUAGGCGCUCCCUUAUGCUAAUCUUAACCUCAAGCUUUUUACAUAUUAUAUAUCCUGCUAAGGUCUAUUAAUAAACCAUAUUGUUAGUUUCGUUAAAUGCCAGAAAAAUGAAUUUGUGAAAUCUUUUAAAACAUAUCUGUCUAAAUAAAAGAUUAUGCAUUUUU